GCGAUCUAACCCAAAAACCUUUAUUACGAAUAAUAUUGGUCGCGAAAGCCUACGUGUUAAACAGAGUUAUACUUGUGUAUUUUGUUAGAGAUGGUUCUGAUUCAGAUAAAAUAAAUAAUAGUUGCUUUAUACCUUUAUGGUGUUUAAAAUUAUACUGCAAAUUUACAUUUCAUAAUAGAAUUGGACUAUAAAAUGUUGUUUUAUUACUAUACAAGCAAAUAUUUAAUUUGUGCAGUAUCAUCACAGUGGCUGUGACCAGGAUAGAGUAUUUAGAAGGCCCUCUAGAUGUUAAUAUAAUGUUUUAGUUAAAUGUUAAAUACAUUUAAGAUGUUUUUGUUAAAUGUGAAAUAUCUCAGAUGUUUUAUGUUAAAUGUGUAUUAGAUAUGAUAAGCAGGUGUUAUCAUUAUUGAGAUUCGGGUGGACACUUUAGAGUACAGGGAUUGAGCAGUGAGGUGCUGUGUAACGUGGGGCUGAUUUAGUGUGCAUCUGGUUAUAUUACAGGUCCAUGAAUGCUCCUCAGAAGAACACUUUGAAUUAAAGCGUUUGCUGUUCCACAACCUUCUGGUGUCCCUCGGUGGUUGAGUCACCCGAUCCUCAAGAGGAUGGCAGAACACAACGCGGAGUAUUCACUCAUCGCCACCGAACCCGUCUAUUGUUGUUGUCUUUAUUAGCCGGCCUGUCCCCUCGUUACGAUCGCGGGAGGAGAGGGAUAGGGCGUGCUGGUUACACGAGCCUAACAAUUUGUUUGACUCGAUAAGUUGUGAUGCAUCUACUCUCUUUCCAUGACCCAUCAGCAUCAGCAUGGCGUGCGCGGUGGCCGCGCCGGUGCCGGAGCCGGAGCCGAUCGGGGACUUCCCGGCGUGGCUGGAGACGCAGGGCGUGAACCAGGAGGUGGCCCGGGCCAUGGACUCGGAGCUGGGCAUCCGGGACUACGGGGUCCUGCGCGCCUGCGUCGGGGACGGCCUCGUGCGGGCCGAGCUGCUGGCCACGGCGCGCGACCGCCUGCCCUUCGGCUUCUACGCCGUGCUGCGGCAGGUGGUGAAGGCCCUGCGGGGCGCCGAGCGCCACGACGCCGCCGGGACGCCGCUCUGGGACGACGACGACGACGCCGCGGCCGCGGCCGCGGCCGCCGCCUCCUCCCCCUGUGGCGACGUGACGCUGGCAGGCCUGGUGGACGUGCUGCUCGCGCUGUUCAGCGGCUUGAGCCGGGAGCUGCUGCUGUCCGCGCGGAGGCUGGGAGCCAUGGACGGCCAAGGGGCCAGUGCUGGGGGCUCCACUCCGCCUGGAACGGAGAUUGAGAUCCAGGACUUACUAAAAGCCAAUGGAAAUCAGCCCUUAGGGAAUGAUGCGGUGGAGGUGUCUCCUCCAGUCGGGGGCUUCAGUCCCUCACAGGCCACUCGCGCGAUUAAAAUGGAGCUCCACGAUGAUGACAUCCCGUGGCCAGCGCCUGGGGGCGAUGGCAGCCUCCACCAGGUCGCUUGGGAGGAGCUGGACCCGCGAAGAAUGGGGUUUAUAAGCCCAACAGACCUAGCAGGUAAACACAUCGGUGACCAAUCCGAAUUCGUCAUUCAGAAAGUGACCUCGCUGCAGGCCGCGGGGGCCAAUUUCAGCAUCGACUCUUCACCGCGUCUGCUGCAGCCCCCGGCUGAAGAAAAGUACAGCAGCAGCAGCAGCAGCAGCGCCAAAUCAAAAGCUGCCAUCGCCGCCGCCGCCGAACACGCAGGCCAGCUGUACGGCGACAGCGGCUUCCGCUGGCCGGGAGGCCCAAGCCGUAGCAAAAUCGCGACCGUCGGCGACGGGGAUCCCGCGGCAACGGAGCGCGGACCGCCGGAGCCAAAGCGGCACGACUGCCACGUCGGGCGGCCCGGAGUCGCGCCCGCCGGCCAGGCGCCCGCGCACCCCUCCGACGGCCCCCACCGGUGCGACGUCUGCGGCAGGCGCUUCGCGCAGCGCCGCGCCCUCCAAAGCCACCGGCUGGCGCACGCGGCCGGCGCCAAGCAGGCGGACCGGCGCGGCGCGUGCGGCCGCGCCCUCCCCCAAGGCCGCGGCCCGAACCUCGACGAGCCGCGGCCGCCGCGGCCGCGAGGGCCGCACCGGUGCGCGGUGUGCGGCCGCGCGUUCGCCCUCGCCGGCGAGCUCAAGUCGCACGCGCGCACGCACACGGGCGAGAAGCCGUACCCGUGCGGCGUCUGCGGCCGCGCCUUCUCCUGGCUGUCCAGCCUCAAGAUCCACCGGAGCUCGCACACGCGCGAGCGGCCCUUCCGCUGCGCCGCGUGCGGCCAGAGCUUCCCGCACCGCUGCGGCCUCAAGCGUCACGAGCGCACGCACACGGGCGACAAGCCUCACGGCUGCGACGAGUGCGGGCGGACCUUCGUGCUGCCCAGCGAGCUCAGGAACCACCGGCGCACGCACACGGGCGAGAGGCCGUUCGGCUGCGGCGUGUGCGGCCGCGCGUUUACGUGGAGCAAGAGCCUCAAGAUGCACGAGCGGACGCACGCGCGGGAAGCAGGCGCCGCCGAGGGUGGGACCGCGGGAGGCGUGGGAGGCGCGGCAACCGGGACGCCGGGCCCGUCCGGCCUGCCCUUUCCUACGGGCGCGGGAGACCUGGGCGCUCGCGUCCCUCCCAAAGUUAUCGCCUUUAACGAGACAAGAAGCAUCACCAGCAUGGCGUGCGCAGUGGCCGCCCCUCUACUGGAGCCGAGCGGGGACUUCCCGGCGUGGCUGGAGGCGCAGGGCGUGAACGCGGAGGUGGCCCGGGCCAUGGACUCGGAGCUGGGCAUCCGGGACUACGGGGUCCUGCGCGCCUGCGUCGGGGACAGCCUCGUGCGGGCCGAGCUGCUGGCCACGGCGCGCGACCGCCUGCCCUUCGGCUUCUACGCCGUGCUGCGGCAGGUGGUGAAGGCCCUGCGGGGCGCCGAGCGCCACGACGGUGCCGGGACGCCGCGCUGGGACGACGACGACGACGACGCCGCCGCCUCCCCGUGUGGCGACGUGACGCUGGCAGGCCUGGUGGAGGUGCUGCUCGCGCUGUUCAGUGGCUUGAGCCGGGAGCUGCUGCUGUCCGCGCGGAGGCUGGGCGAGUGGGAUGGACUGACGCAUCCCACAGCUUUAUCAGCCACAGGUGCUGACAGUCCUGAAAAUGUGGGGCUGGAAACUAUGGAUGACCAAGAAAACAGUGAUGGGGAUUUCACUUUAACCGCAAGAGCAGUCACUCCCAUGGAUGCAGCAGAUGAUUUUGUUGCUUGUCCAGCGGAAGGUGAGGCUGAGGCUCGCCAGUUGUUAUCCGAUGAGCUCUUAAACCACGAUAAGAUGUUGACUGUCAUCAAAGUUGAGACCACCGAAGAGGAGAAGUGGAACCCAGUUGCAGACUUCGAAGAUUUUGACCCCGGGCAGACGUUGCAGAGAGUGAAAACGGAAACCCGCGGAGGCACGAGGAGCUCCCACGAUCGCUCGCGGCCCGUCGUCGCGGACGUCGACUUUCUGCGGGACGCCCAAGCGGACGCGCCCCCCGUGGGCAGUUUACCCGCGCCUGCCCGUACGCGGCGGCCGGCGUUUGGCAGAAUGCGCGUCGGCAACGCCGCGGCCGCCGCGAGUGGCGCGUGCGAGGCCGAGCGGCAGCUCGCGAUGGGAUACGCCCGGGGCGAGCAGGCCGCGGACAAAGACGUGGCUCUGCCGCAGGAGGAGGAUCGCCGCGACUUUGCCUUCGCCGGCGACGGUCAAUCGCCGGCGUUUGAGCCGAUUCGACGGAGGUCGCUCAAGGUGGCCGCGGGCAAGAAGUUGUUCGGCUGCCGGGUUUGCGGGCACUUCUUCUCGAUGAGGUGCAGCCUGGUUCGCCACCAGCGCUUGCACACGGGCGAGAAGCCCUACUCGUGCAACGUGUGCAACCACCUCUUCUCCUCGAGCUCCCACCUCAAGUCGCACGAGCGGACGCACACGGGAGAGCGGCCCUACCGCUGCGAGGUGUGCAAGCAGAACUUCUCGCAGCUGAGCACGCUGAGGCGCCACGAGCUGACGCACACGGGCGAGCGGCCGUACCGCUGCAGCGAGUGCAGCCAGACCUUCACGCGGAAGAACGUCCUGAAGAAGCACGAGCGAACGCACGCGAGCAAGAGGCCCUACCGCUGCGGCGUGUGCGGUCAGACCUUCACCAAAUCGUCGUCUUUGAAGUUCCACCAGCGCACACAGGUGGCGUGCUCCGGAAUCGGCGAUUUAAACUAAAACGUUUUCUUUUUUUUAACCAAGUAAGGCCCUGCUGUGAUGGGAAAAAAAGAUAGCUUAUCGAACCCUCCUACAUACCAAGCAAGGGAGAUAACAUCGCAAACACUUUCGCUUGCCACCCUCAUACGAAAGACGUUUUUGCAUUUUAAUUCAUGUUUGUGACAAAUCUUACUGAAUUGGCUGUGUCGAUUGGUGGCGGGAUUAACGACACAUAUUUACGAGAUCUAACCCAAAAAAAAAACUUGUAUGGAUAUUGGUCGCGAAAGCUUACAUGUUAAACAUAGUUCAUGUUAUUACUCAUAAAUUGUAUUAUCGUCACUAUGCUUUGCGAGAAUCGUUUACUUGGUGAAAUACGUUUUUAACUUAGUGUCUUCGUUGUGCUCCGAGUAGUGUAGAGAGACACAAGCACUCGUGAACAACGUGGUUUCUCAAUAAUCGCGCAAGAGUUACAGGUACAGUGCAAGCAAGCCAGCUUCUCUAAAAUGUAUUCAUUGUUUGAGGCCCCAUCUGCCUGUUACAAGUUGAUUCGUGAAGAGAAGAGAGUAAACUGUGCAGACAUCUCUUGAUAUGUUUUUCAAGAGAGAGGAAACACGAGCACCAAAGGGAAUUAGCAUCUGCAGAACAUGGAAGGACCCAGUGGCAUCAACAUCUGCAGAACACGGAAGGACCCAGUGGCAUCUACAUCUGCAGAACACGGAAGG